AGUUUAAUCCAUGCAUUUACAUAACUCUACUUCAUUGCACUGCUAGAAAGACCUGGAUGCGUUUUUAGAAGUGAUGGUUUGAGAGGCUGACCAAAACACGUGUGAGUGAAGAUCCUAUCCUAUAGACUAGUGUGACAGUGUUUUCAUACUGAGCCGAGAACAACAUAGGUGCUGCUGUACGUUUUAAUCUGGAUUAGUGUUUCUCUCUCUAACCAGGACUCUAAUAAUCCAAUUAUUCAGAGUUUGCUUGGCGCUUCUUCAAGGGGGAGAAGAUGAGGGAGACACGAAGCAAGGGCUCCUCGGUUAUAUGGCGGUGUCUCGGCGCAUACUGUUACUGUUCAUGCUGGUUCAGGCAAUCUGAAUUUCUGAAGUGAGGCUACGAGAGGCUAUCCGUGCUACUAAAUCUAUUGGAAGUUUUUUUUCUACGCCAUGCAAGGCAAAUCGAACGCGUCUCUAUGCAAAGCGUGAGCAAAGUUAUUUUAACAGGGUUUAUAUUCCAGUCAGUCCACUGCAGUGCAUCCCUUUGCAGUAUUCGGACAUACAAAAUGCUGCGCUCUGCUCUGCAGUCAGACUGCGGCUUUGACAGAGUUUUGAGAGCGAAAUCGAAAGACGACUGAAUUUAAUGAGAGUGACUUGGGUCUUUUUCCAUAUCUGUCAAUCAACGGGGAUAACGGUAUCGGCUAUAGCCUACAUUAUGGGUCCAUCAUUGUCGUUCUGUUGGUGUUCAGAGUCCUGAGGUUGAGUGAUGACAGACUGGAGAAGAGAAUGCUACUCACCAUGCAGCACCCACUGAUCCCCAGCACCAUGUCUUACUACCCUAGAGCCAACCACUGUGUUUGGGGGACCACGUCUCCAUAGCUACAGCAGAAAAAUAUACACAUCUUCAAUACAUGAAAACUGAGAGAGGGAUGGAACCAUAUUUCAGAUUGAAUGUGAGUACUGUGGAUAUUUAGUAACAAACACAUUCUUACAAACUGUCAGAGGCAGAGAGAAGAACAGCAUGGAGGACAGUGAGCUUAUCUUUCUGGAGCGCCAUGAUGAGGGCGAGGGCCCUACCGUGGCCUUCUCCAAAGACAAGCCUGGAGUCAUGGAGGCCAGGGACAGUAGGCCCGACUCAGGCCUGGGGCUAGGUUUGGGGCUGGAGCCAGGCCAGGGACGCCGCUCCUCGGGCUUCCACAUCCCCCUCUCCCCCUCCUCGCCAGGCUCCCUGGCUGACCUGGCCAUGGCCUCGUCGCCACCCCCCAGCCUGGUGAAGUCCUCCUCCACAGAGCUGCAGACCAAAGACACUGGUUCCUUGAGAAGCUCCAAACCCCUCCUCAGCUUGGUCAAGUCCCUCUCCACCGAGAUCUCCCACCUCGAGCCCGAGGUCUACCUCUCCAAGUCGGACUCCAAGCUCCACAUGCACCACUGGAAGCAGUUCACUCAGACCCAACCCAAGCUCCAGGAGGCUGGUUCCGGGAAUGAUAGCUGGAUGGCACCCCCGUCCCCCGUCUCCCCCACGGAGCCCAAAGGAAGUUCCCUGAUGAUCGAGUUUGAGGACACGCGGAGGAAGUUCUCGGAGGCCAUACAGGACCCCAUGAGCAUGUGGGGUAAAAUGAUGGGGGACGAGUCGAGCUCGGGGAGCCCCAAACAGAAGGUGUCUGGGGGGGUCGGGGAAUCACCUGCCUCCCAUGGUAGCUGUGGAGGUGGUGGGAGUGGGACCCCAUUGAACAUUGAAGACGGGAGCACAGAGACACAAGUAAGAUACAGACGUGGAACAGACAGCGAACUGGGUGUGUGUGAAACUCCACUAAAGAGACCCAGGAGGGGCCCUUUGAAGCCCUCGCUUUCCCCAGAGCACCACAGCCAGCUGGGGGAUAGCCUCUACGAGAUCUGCACCAAUGGAGACCUCAUCCAGGUGGUAGAGGUCCAGGGGGGUGGAUCCAGUGGAGCUGGUACCAGAGGCCAGCAUCGAGGAACCCGUCCCCAGGUUCGAGGCAGGAUUCCUGGGGUUCCUGUGGCCUCAGUGCCUGUCCGCUGGCUCUUGUUUGUGGGCGUACUUGCCUACGGGUUCUUUGUGCUCCCUCUGCCCUCCUAUGUGACUGGGCUGUCCCUGGGGCUAGCAUGUGGGUUCCUGUUAGGGUUGGUGGUGGUCCUGGUGUUCACGCCCCGUCCGCGCUCCAGAGCUUUGCCCCCUUGGGGCACUACAGGGGCCCGGUGGUCCCAAGACAACAGCCUGCUGCCCUCGAACCCUGUUGGUGGGCUGCGCACAGAUGCAGUCCUGGAGGGCUGGAUGAACGAGAUGCCCGUGUACGACCCGGAGACAUACCACCCGUCGCUCACCCACUCUGUGUAUGCCACCCUGGAGGGCAGCCGCCUACGCCUGGCCUACCCCCGCACCAACAUCCCCCGACGGGCAGCCUUCGACGAACUGCCCCAUGAAGCCGUGUUCCUGCGUUCGCGCUGCUACCAGCUGGCCAACUGCAAGGCCAUUGUUCAUUAUUUCUUGUUUAUUUCAAACCAGGUCUCCCUGUUGCCUGCUGCCUUGGCACGGAAGAGAGUUUGGAAUAAGAAGUACCCUAUCUGUAUUAUACUAGCCGAGGGAGAGGUGGGGAGAGAGGAGGAGGAGAGAGUGGAAGAGGGGCAAGAGGAGGAGGAGAGGACAGACAAGCCGACACUCCCAGACACACAGACACAGGGCCUCCCCGACACUCUCUACCUCUUUGGUCGUACAGGAAGAGAGAAGGAGGAUUGGUUCCAGCACUUCCUGUUAGCCUCGAGGUCAGAGUUCAAGAGCAGCCCAAUCAGAGACGUGCCCAAGUCUGAGGUGUUAUGCAGUGGGAGCUCCAGUAUGGACAGUACGGAGAAUCUUCCCCCUCUGAUUGGCCUGCGUGACCUGGUGGACUACGGCUCCUACAUGAGCCGCCUCAUUGGCUUAGAGGGUAGCAGUCCCAGCCCCUGCCACAGCGACCAGGGAAGCCCCACAGCCAGGAAGAAGUUCCCCAGUGAGGAGGCAUCAGCAGAGGGGGGCUGCCCAGCAGAGGGCCAACCGGCCUGGGUCAAUGCCCUGGUGGGGAGGAUCUUCUGGGACUUCCUCCGGGAGAAGUACUGGGUGGACCUGGUGGCCCACAAGAUCCAGAAGAAGCUGAGUAAGAUCAGGUUGCCGUACUUUGUGAAUGAACUGAAGUUGGCUGAUCUGGACAUGGGUACCUGCAUACCUCAGGCGCUCAGCAUCUCCAAACCCUCACUGGACCACAGAGGCCUGUGGUUGGAGAUGGAGGUGGUAUAUACAGGCUGCCUACAGAUGACCCUGGAGACGAAGUUGAACCUGUGUAAACUGGGCAAGGAGAAGUCCAUUGGGGUGGAGGCUGACAGAGACAUCUCAGAGACCAGCCAAGUAGGCUCCAAGCCCAGGCUGUGUGUAUUAGCUGACAGUGAUGAGGAGUCCUCCAGUGCCGGCUCGUCUGAUGAGGAGGAGGUGCCGCCCACUGAACCCCAGGGAACUCUGGGAGAUAAAAGCACAGGCACGCCACCACCACCAGCGACUGAUGGUGGGAGUGGUGGGAGCACCGGCAGACGGUUCCUGAGGUUCGUGGACAAGAUCGCCUCAUCCAAGUACUUCCAGAAGGCCACGGAGAACGAGUACAUCAAGAAGAAGAUCGCUGAGGUCUCCAACAUGCCACUGAUGCUCACUGUGGAAGUUCUAGAACUCUCAGGGUCUCUGGCUGUCAACAUUCCACCUCCCCCUACUGACAGGAUAUGGUACAGUUUCCGCGUGCCUCCCAGGCUGGACCUGCGUGUGCGUCCCAUGCUAGGGGAGAGGGAGGUCACCUUCACACACGUCACAGAGUGGAUCGAGAAGAAGCUGAGUCGAGAGUUUCAGAAGGAGUUUGUGAUGCCCAACAUGGACGACCUCUAUCUUCCUCUCAUGUCCUCCGUGCUGGACAACCCUCCAGCAGCCCAGCAUUCCCCAGCCCACUCCUCACGCCGCUCUUCCAACGACUCCCAGUACUAUGUGUCUGAAUAGCGCCUCACUGUGGCAGUGGAUGGAGAAGAAAAAUGGAAAACCAGUGGGCAUGGAUCCACAGUGGAUUCUGAGCAGAUAGAGCUUGGUUCAGUCCUAGCUUGUGAUGGAUGGUCAUAGCGAAGCCUGUGGCUGGCACGUACAACGUGGCAUAACGACUGGAGAGUGGCAUGCAGGAGAUAGUGGCAUGCAGGAGAUAGUGGCAUGGCUAUGCUCUGAGCAGCAAGAGGGACUGGUAUAACCGUAUAGAACCCGCUAUAGCGCCCGGCCCUACUGAUCUAGAAGACUGAACUUAGACAGCACUCUGCAAUAGGGAAAUGACCUGCGAUAGUCCUGUAAUCAACCAGGCUGACGUUUAUUGGGAUAAGUCUUGUCCGUGAGGCAGAACUGAACAAUUGACACUAGAUGGAACAGCAAAAAUUCAAAAUUGACUAUAUUGUAAAAAUUCAUACACAAAAAUGUGCUUUUUGGUCUUAAUUUAAAAGUUUAUGGUUAAGGAUAGGUUUUCAAAUCAGAUUUUAUGACUUUGUGGCAGUGCCAGCAAGUGACCACUCUGCAUAGCUGCCUCCAGAACAAAAUACGCUAACCUACGUAAUGAAGAGUGAGUCCCAGUUGGCACCAUAUAUCACAGGAGGUUGCAACCAUGUUUGAUACCAUUCCACCUAUUCCGCUCCAGUCGUUAACACGAGCCCAUUCUCCGCAAUUAAGGUGCCACCAACCUCCUGUGCUAUAUAGUGCACUGCUUUUGACCAGGGCCCUGCUAUGGUAAUGCACUACAUAAGGAAUAGGGUGCCAUUUUGAAUAAAACAGCAAUAGGUAGAUAUGUUCAGUUGAAGGAAAGUGAAUAUGGGCAUUACUGGUAGGAACUGUCACUGUACGAUGACUAUGCUGUGAUCUACUGAAUCAGAUUGUCCUCAACUCUUGAAGGUGAGCGUUGUACUCAUGUUGUCUAGUGGGCAGGCCAGAACAUUGGUGUAUUAUUGGCCUGACAAAAUGGACUCCUUGAACAAUUCCUAUUUUAAAAGUGAUUGUAGCCCAGAGAAGAUUCCUAGGAGAUUAUUGGUUCUCUAAAACGUUUGUCAUCAAAUGGCUUUCUGAGUGGAUUUUUGGACAGCGUACCCCCUCUUCAUUGAUCAACUAACCGAUACUAAAGCAUGUAUAAAUGGACAGGCUAUCAAGAUAUUGUGAUGGACUAGUGGGAAAAAUAAAACUUUAUAAAAAUACAAUA